ACACACACACACACAAAGACCUUGCAUUUUAACAGUUUAUAGAAAAUGUAAUUCUGAAUGAAAAAAAAAGACUGCAAACCUUUGCCUAAUAACCUGUAACCAUUAUUCAAUUGAAAUGCUAAUAAACAGUUAAACUAAUAAUAAAUGUGUGACUACAACAACUUGCAAUGUGUUUAUUGUGCAGGCAUUAAAAAAAAUGGGUUUAGGCUACUGCUUAACUGACUCAUAGUUACAAAAAGUUUAUUCAUUGGGAACGGUCAAGCUUUUCUUUGUGCAUCUACAAUGAUUGAACUGUUUUUGUUUUUUAAUUACACACAAUAGGCAUCAUCAGGUUGAAAUAAACAGCUUAAUGUUUUCAGGUCUGGAUAUUGUGAGGGGAACUGCCUAUAGACUGGCCCUCAACACUUAAGAAACACUGUAGACCUUACAAACUGACGUCCUUUACACCUGAUCUGUCUCCAAACUCAGGACAGCUCAUGUUGCCAUUUUUAUUCUGAUUUCUUAAAAUAUUCUAGAAGUAAGGGCCCAUGGUUUGUUGUGUUGAGUAAUAACGGCUUUAGUGCAUGAAUAGCAGUGUUCACUGUUUCUGUUACAGUAUGUUUAUCUUUAUUUAAACUAUUGAACAGAUAUGAUUACAAUAUAAAUCCAAGGGAGUGAUUUUACGUUUUGCUUUCAUAAACAAAUAUCGUUCUUCAGUACUGAUUAUCUUUAUUAAAAUACAAGAAAUUGCGGAUUGUUAUUGGUAAAUAUAGACUGAAAUUAAGAAAUAGUAGAAUAAAAAUGUAUAAACUAAUAAAAAUAAGAACCUCUAUGAUAAGAACACAAGACAGCAGUCGCGCAAAUGUUACGUCACUAGUCGCCUUAAAUCCCUCCCCUAUGCUCACUUGUGAUUGGCCGCGAUUUCAGAUUUCCGCCAUAUUCAAAAUCCGUCCUAUCCGUUGAAUAUUACUACCGUCCCCCCUUUCUAUUCACCCCUUGAAUUAACUCAUUUUGAUAGUAUUACAUUUUGUUUAUACAAUUUACAGUAGUGUAUUCCAGGUCCACUUGUUUCAAAUGGAGGAAACCGACGGAUCUCCAGUGGCGAUGACGGAGCCGGUGAACGAUAGACCGAAGAGGAACAAGAGAAAGUCGUCGAUGGUGGAUAUGGAGACGUCCCCAGAGCGCAAUUCCAAACGGCCAUCUCUGAGACGAGGAAGUUCUUUCACCUUCCUGACUCCUGGACCCCAGUGGGACUUCACACUGAAACGCAAGCGCAGAGAGAAGGACGAUGCGGACGCAGUCAGUCUCUGCAGCUUUGACUUCAAGGAACCGUGUACCAAGCGUGUGAGGCCUCUUGGCCGAGUGACCUCGCUGGCGAACCUCAUCUCUCCCGCAAAGAAUGGGGCCGUCCGACGCUUCGGCCAGACCCUCCAAGCCUCGUUCCGGGGUGAUGGGCGGUCUCCGGGCGUGCCCCAGCAGAAGCCCUGCAGCAAAGCCGCAGCUCCCACACCACCCAAACGCCGCAACAGCACGCUCUGGUCUGAGACUCUGGACGUCCACCAGAAAGGGACGUUUUCCACCAAAGAGAUUAAGAGACAAGAGGCAAUUUUUGAGCUGUCUCGAGGAGAACAGGACCUGAUUGAAGACCUGAAGUUAGCCCGAAAGGCGUACCAUGAUCCCAUGCUGAAACUUUCUAUCAUGUCUGAGGAGGAGCUGACAGCCAUCUUUGGAGACUUGGAUGCAUAUAUUCCUCUACAUGAAGAUCUUCUCGCUCAGUUGGCGAAGGCUACAGGCCGAGAUGGUACAGUGGGACAGAUCGGCAAGAUUGUUGUGAACUGGCUGCCCGGGUUAAAUGCGUACAGGGCAUAUUGCAGUAACCAGUUAGCCGCAAAAGCCUUGCUUGACCAGAAGAAACAAGACCCAAGAGUUCAGGACUUCUUACAGCGCUGCCUUGAGUCACCUUUCAGCAGGAAACUAGACUUGUGGAGCUUCUUGGACAUCCCUCGUUCACGAUUGGUCAAAUACCCCCUUCUUCUGAAAGAGAUUUUAAGACACACACCACCAGAUCAUCCAGACACAGCAAGCCUUGAGCAGGCUAUAAGCAUUAUUCAGGCAGUGUUGGCUGACAUCAACAUGAAGAAAGGAGAGUCAGAAUGUCAAUACUAUAUCGAUAAGCUGGAAUAUUUGGAUGAUAGACAGAAAGACCCACACAUAGAGCAGUGCAAAAGCCUGCUUUGCCAUGGUGAACUUCGGAACAAAAGUGGCACGAAGUUGCACGUUUUUCUGUUCACGGAGAUUCUGGUCUUGACCCGGCCUGUGACACGGAAUGACCGGCAUUGUUUUCAAGUGUACCGUCAGCCGAUCCCUGUGCAGGAUCUUGUAUUGGAAGACCUGCAGGACGGAGACGUUCGCAUGGGCGGCUCAUUCCGAGGGGCCUUUAGUAAUGCAGAUAAAGCCAAGAACAUCUUCCGAGUGCGCUUCCAGGACUCAUCUCAGGGUCAGUCCCACACACUGCAGGUCAAUGACAUCUUCCACAAGCAACAGUGGCUCAACUGCCUCCGCAGCGCCAUGUCAACCCAGAAAGAUUCACCGCUCCCUGAGAAUGAAUCCAUGUCCACCCCAGCCAGUACCGACAUUUGUACCAAACGGCGCUCAUCUACAGUCUCCGCCAUCAUCCAUAUGGAAGAGAUGGAUGAGAACUGUCCGCGGGCCGCAGUUUCCGCCCCUUCCUCCCCCAGCUCCGAGGAGCCCCCCAGCCCCACUCCUUCCGCCACCUCCACCCUCUCCUCGUCCUCUUCAUCAUCUUCGAUUUCCGGCCCCUCCCUGCCUCGCAAAUCUAAAAAGGACAAGCGUUCACUCUGCUCGCUGGGAAAGAGGAAGGAGACCAUGGUGUAAAGACACCAUGCGGAGGACUUGUAUUUAUGUGUGUGUAAAGACUGUUUCUACAGCAGUGUUUUUGUGUUACUGUCCACAAUGGCAGCUAUUACCAAAUCCCUCCCCCAAAAACCCUCCUAGGUCCACGUGGGCCACACCAGUACCAGAAAGACAGUAUUUGAGGCGACUGUGUGAAUCUCAAGGGAUUGAAGACAGCCCGCACACUUUAAACCACCAUGUCGAUUUGUGUGAAAGCGCAAGAUCACGCAUCUAGUCUUGUUUACUGUUAGUGUGGUCAUUUUUUGUCGUUUAUUUUAUUGAUAUUGAUUUUUGCUUUUUUGUAAUUAAAGUUAUACUUUUUUAAACUUCUCAAUAAGAUAUUUACUGUAGCUCUUUUUUUGUUUUUAUUAAAAGCACUGUGUUUAGCUUUUAGAAGGGAAGAGUACCCACUGAGAAAAAGAGAUGAAAUUAAUGAAUACUUUGUAAAAGUCUGAUUCAUGGCUCUACUGGAAGGCAAGUCUUACAAGUACAUUCCCAUUAAACGGAUAUUUUAUCAGCUCCAUUUUAUAUUUAAAUCAGAUGGUAUAAUUUAUCAAGAAAAGAAUGCUAUGUUCACUAGCAAUAUGAUUUUAGUUUCCAAUUGGAAAAUUUGACAUUUUGUAAAUGCAAAAAUCAAACCUGAGCCAUAUUUUUUUUUUCCACCCGCCAAAAUGAUGGAUGAAUAUUACAAUGUAGCAUCUUGCAUGGAGCUUUACUUGUUGAGUCCUACCUGUAUUAUCAUGAGGGCCCAGUGCAUGUACAUGCUUGUCGAAGCAGAAAGAUGACGUAGAACUGAACUUGAAUGUUGAAUGAAGGCUUGAGAAAUGUUGAAGGAAAUUUGGAAUAGAGUUGGAUACGACUAGACGGACUUGAUGAUUGGCGCUACUCGAUAUAAGCAACCAUCCAUGGACUUUGGUUUGCUGUUAUUUUUAUUUUGUAGUGUCUUCAUGAAGUAGAUGGCUUGAUACACUGGUAAAAAGCCAAAAUGUUGUUUUGAGAAGGAAAGAUGAAAAGUAUGUUGAAGAGAAUGGAACUGUUAAAGAAGGUUAAAGAGUGUCAUGACCACUUGAAAACGUAAUGUGUGUAAAAGUUUGUAACUGAGAAGAAUUGAUGCACAAUAUUGAGAGGGACUGUGGUGGCCUGUGUGUACAGUAUGUGGUGUAAAAAUCAACUAUUAAGAACAAUAAAGGUCUGUGUAAGAUUUGCAACUGA